UAUCAAUAAUUUUGUAUCUCAAGUAAACCUGUCCUUUCAGCAUAAUUCACAUAAGAGAUUAUAUAUGAAAGCUCAAUUCUAAUUUUUCAUAGAACCUGGCAAACCAACGACUACACCUGCACAAAGUCAAUCGUCCCUGGGUUAGCCUUGUGUAACUUGGUGUUUAAUUUUAUAAACUCACAAAGGCAUUUUUGAAUCUCCACAACACAAAAUGACCAUAAUCUAAACACUGAAAAAACCUAACAACUUUCAGACAAUGCUGGAUACUUUGAGGUGUUGUGUUUUAGUGUGACAUAACAGCCAACAUGUACCCAGUUAACACAAUAACAUAGGCUGGAGCCUAUCCCAGCUUUGAUGGAGUGAGAGGCAGGCUGCGAGUCCAUUGCAGAGCUAACACAGACAGACGAUUAUUCACACUCAUGCAUUUGACCAAUUUAGAAUCCACAAUUAACCCAACAUCCAUGUCUUUGGACUGUGCGAUUAAAGCCAGAAAGAACUUACACAGGCACAGGGACAACAUGCAAAACCCACAAAGGACUGACUGGCAGAUAAUUUCAUUUUACGUGUAACUUAACCAUUUCAGGGCCUGAAGUCUAUCCCAGUUGUUAGUAGUACUUAUCUUUCCGGUUGUCAGCAGUUUCCAAAGGCUUCAUUGACUUUUUUUAAAUUUAACAAAUACACAAAAAACACUAUUUCUGCCAACCAUAUCUUUGAUGUGCAUUUUUACACAGAUGACACAACUUUAUAUACAACUAGCUUGUUCCGUAAAUGGCUUAUAUUUUCUUUUGGAAACUAUAUCAGUUUUCUACUAAACUACUAUCUAUUGAACUGAGCGGAACUCUAUUGAAUUAAACAAACAUAGAGGUCAUGUGUGGCAAUCCAGAAUCUUUUCGAUGUGUGAUCGAGCUGUGUUUUCACUCCACAAUAAUUCCUUUAUAGCACAGGCAUUUGUUAUGCCCUGUCUAAGGGGGACAAAACACAACACCAAAACCAUCCAUCUUCCCCAAGUCACACAAAAACUUACAAAAACAACUUGAUGGAAGGCCACACCAACAAAUAAACAAAUCUAUCUGCAAAUCCAAGCCAAGCUAACCAAACCAAACCAACAUACCAGGCCCUCCCCACCUAGAAUAAAUAAGAGAAGCAGAGCACAGAGGUCUUGCUAGCUGAAAGCUGAAAAAGUUAACUCUGCCCAGAUGACACUUGUUUUCUAUGUGUAUGCACUUUUAACAUAACAGUCACACUUAGGCGCAAACUCAGGAACCUUGUGGUUACCCAAGAUACUUGGGUGAGAUGACUUGCUCUGCCCCCUUAACCACAGCCACCUCUUUAAAAAAAUACCACCAGCAACGUUCUCACACUUUGAGAUUUGAAAAAAAGAUAGGAGCCUGAGAUAAGUUAUGGAUAGACCUUAGAGGUCGAAGCUUGCCCAGUAAAGUGCCCUCUCAGCUGAAUUCUAUACACCUCAAAUAAGUUACACUGAUUCAUACAAUUUGUUAAAAAAAAAAAAAAUCACAUUUAUACUUUGUAACAGAGAAACACAUUCAGAUGUAUGCUUUGUAAGUAAGUAAACAAUAUUCUUGUCCUUGUGACUCGAUUUGUCUACAUCGAAAAUAAAUUACAUUUACAUACAUAACUGUGAAUUGUGUUUUAAUUUGAAAACACUGAGGAUUUAAUGACUUCACUACUACCCCACGUUUUGCAAAUCAACCCUGUGUGGGAUGGGAUCCUCUGGUAGCCAGCUUGUGGCCCGAGGGCCCCAUGUUGGACACUUUUGAUUUCCAAUACAAAGCUAGUAUACUACUGUGACUCUCUGCAUGUUAACUAUGAUCCAUGCUAUGUCUCCUGUCCAAAACUGGCUGACGGUGAAGUUAAGUAGUUGGAGCAGAGGAAGGGGGGAAAGCGAUAACGAGAGAUAACAAUUUUUCCCCAUGACUGUCCAAAUGCUACUUUUCUCUCUCGGUUGUUGCAUGCUGUCGACCAAUUUCUUCAUCAUCAUCAUCAUCUGAAGGGGCAGGAAGCUGCAUCCCUUCUCCAGUAGUUAGCAGCAGCUUCCCUGGCUCCACGGCGACGGCACAACCGGCAGCAGAUUAAAAAAAUGUCCGAGGAAGGACCGAACAUGUUGACAGGGAGGAAGACGGCGUUAAGUCGGGGUUGGCCAAAGUGCAGCUCCAGUUCCUGUAGUCAAAGAGCACGCUGCUUUGAACCAAAGAAGGAAGCUGUUGACCUUUCAGUAAUAAUCAGUUUAGGCUGCUGGUGUUUCUGACAUGCCAACUCCAAGUGAAAACAUGCUCUUUGGGAUGGGAAAUCCCUUGCUCGACAUUUCAGCUGUUGUGGACAAAGAUUUCCUUGACAAGUUUGGACUGAAGCCGAAUGACCAGAUCCUCGCAGAAGACCAACACAAAGCCUUGUUUGAAGAAAUUGUCAAGAGGAACAAAGUUGAGUACCAUGCCGGUGGUUCGACCCAGAACUCAGUCAAAAUUGCUCAGUGGAUGCUCCAGAAGCCCCAUAAGGUGGCUACCUUCUUCGGGUGCAUCGGGAAAGACCGCUUUGGCGAGAUCCUCAAGAAGAAGGCCGAAGAAGCCCAUGUCGAUGCCCAUUACUAUGAGCAAAACGAGGAGCCGACUGGCACCUGUGCAGCCUGUAUCACGGGAGACAAUAGGUCCCUUGUUGCUAACCUGGCAGCGGCAAACUGCUACAAAAAGGAAAAACACCUGGACUUGGACAGCAACUGGGAGCUGGUGAAGAAAGCCAAGGUCUAUUAUAUUGCGGGUUUUUUCCUCACUGUGUCCUCGGAGUCAAUCCUCAAGGUGGCAAGGCACGCUUCUGAUAAGAACAAAAUCUUUUGCAUGAACCUCUCUGCACCAUUCAUCAGCCAAUUCUUUAAAGAGCCCUUGAUGAAGGUUAUGCCUUAUGUCGACAUCUUGUUUGGCAACGAGACGGAGGCGGCCACGUUUGCCAAAGAGCUGGGCUUUGAGACAGACGACAUCGCAGAAAUUGCAAAGAAAACCCAAAACCUCCCCAAGGAGAACACGAAGAGGCAGCGAGUGGUGGUCUUCACCCAGGGCAAGGACGACACCGUUGCAACUGUCGGUGAUAGGGUGACCAUGUUCCCUGUUUUGGACAUAGACCAGAAUGAUAUUGUGGACACUAACGGAGCCGGAGAUGCCUUUGUUGGAGGAUUCCUCUCGGCGUUGGUCCAAGAGCACGCAUUGGAGGAGUGCAUCCGGGCCGGACACUACGCGGCCAAUGUCAUCAUCAGGCGGGUCGGAUGCACCUUCCCAGAGAAGCCAGAUUAUCACUGAUGCACCCGAAAACGCUGCACACUUGUCUUUUCCACAGAAAUACUUGUAUUUGUAUGUUUCGGGAUUUUACGUAUACUUAUUUUCUAUUCACAGUGACAGACUGCAUGGGACUAAUUACCUCAGCUUGACUAUUUUAUCAAGCUGUUAAAAAAAGGAAAAAUAGCAGCUCUGAUGUUUUAAUAUAAGUCAAAUACUGGAAUAAUAUGUGUAUGUUUAAAGGUUUAUUCCACUAAAAUCUGUCUAUUGGGUGUGAAAAACUGAAUACCUGCAAGCCUGAGAAGGCGGUGGGAAAGUGUCAAAUGUGUAAGCACAUCUCAAGAAACAAAUCAACAUAAUCUACUAACAUUCUCCAACAUUGAUCCAUAUUUUUUCCCCACUACAGAGCAAACACUAUGUCCCAGUAGCUCCUCCUCGUAGCUGGGGGUUUUGUAUUUUAGUGAUUUACAGGAAACUUGUUAAAGGCAAAUAAUAAGCUGAUUGGUAGCAGAGAAGUGCAUUAGCCUGAAAGAGUGGUUUGAAAGGUUUCUCCAGGUUCGUGUGACUUCUUCAUGGACCCUGAAUCACGGCCAAAAAAAUAAAGAUAUAUUUACAGAAACUAAAAAAGCCAUUCCUGCCACAGAAGCCACUUCUCAGUUUUACUAUUUAUCCUAAUAUUUAUUACUUUUCAAACAAUAACUGCUUUGCCUGUAAAUCGCUAAUUACGCUUAUUUAACUGGAGCUUGUGCAUUCUGAAGAUAGCGACACUGAAGUGGUGUAAUUAGCAGUGAAAACUAUGAGUGCAAAGCUGUAAGGUACAAAGUUUUCAGCGUAAUCUGUUUGGGGGCGGGGGGAUGCUGUAAAAUAGGAACUAUACCACAUUUCCACUUCAGAGUAUUCCUUUAAUAUUUAGCUGCCAUGCUGCAGCAAUCAGGGAUUGGGUACUGACAAUCUUAAUAGAUCUUAAUGAGAUAAAAGUGAAACAUGUUUUUUUGGUACUAUUGAAAUAAAUCAACUGAUCCCAC